AUGGCUUUCUCAAAGAAUGGAGUUGCUUUCUUGUUGAUGACAACUCUUUUUGGAGUCUCUCUUGGUACUGUUUACAUUGUUGGUGAUUCAACUGGAUGGCGUGUGGGUACCGUUGAUUACAACAAGUGGGCUUCUGCCAAGAAAUUUAAUGUUGGAGAUGUUAUUGUAUUCAAAUACGAUAAUAAACUUCACGACGUGAAGCAAGUUACUCAUCAAGCUUUUCGGUCCUGCAAUGCAACAUCUGCCGCGGCAACCUACACCACUGGCUUUGACUCUAUCACCAUCAAAUCAUAUGGCCACUUCUAUUUCUUGUGCAGCUUCCCUGGUCACUGUCAAGCUGGACAGAAGGUCGAUAUUAGGGUUAUUCGAGAUUCUCUAGGCCCAUCUCCCAGCCCAGAAACAACACCAAGCGCUUCAUCGCCACCAGGAUCCGCUCCCUCUCUCCAAUCGUUCAAGCUUUGGUCCUCAUUGAUUACCUUUGCAAUUUUUGUCACUGCAGAAUUUGCGUACUAGACAGAUUUCUCAUACUAUUGGGUCGAUCUGUCUUCAUCUGGACAUGGUUAUUUGUGUUAACUAGAAUUUAAAUGCUUGUGGUUCAGGAUAUUUUUACUGUUGAGUUGAUUAAUGCUAAACAACCAAUAAAUUGGCCUUA